UGACGUCACUUCCCCCCGUCCGCUAAGAUGGCGCCGUCCGAGAGGGCGCGUGGGAAGGGUUCCGAGCCGGCUGCUCCCCUCGGCUAUGCGGCUGUUCCAGUUAAGUUCUCUGAAGAGCAUCAUUUCCCUCACUACCUCUAUGUAAAGGAGCACAAAGUCAGGGAGGACACAGAUGUGAAGAGACCUCAAAACCGCACUCUUUUUGUCUUGAAUGUUCCCCCAUAUUGUACAAAGGAAUGUUUGUCCAGGCUGUUCUCGGGCUGCUGUCCUGUACGCUCCGUGGAGAUGUGUGACAAGCCAAGUCUGGGAGAAAAGAAAGAAAUGCCCAAGACGAAGUUUUUCAACACAGAAGCGCUUCAGGGGUUCAAGGUUGCUUAUGUUGUGUUCAAGAGUCCUGCUGGGGUGCAGGCUGCCAAGUCCUUGUCAACAAAAGACCCCUUGGUGAUAUCUUCCAAAAAGCACCCUGUGCAAACGGGCAUUCACAAAUGGAUUGCUAGAUAUGCAGCUUCAGUUGUGGAUCCUGCUGAGCUCAAGACAGAAGUGGAUGCUUUCAUGCAGGCCUAUGACAAGAAGGUUGCAAAGGAAGAAGCCAAAGCUGAGAAGGAAGAUGGCAUCCCGGAUGAGGAAGGGUGGGUGAAGGUGACAAGGAAAGGUCGAAGGCCUGGGCUCCCACGGACAGAGGCAGCCAACUUGCGGGCGCUGGAGAGGGAGAAGCGCAAAAGGGCACGCAAGGAGCUGCUCAAUUUCUAUGCUUGGCAGCAUCGUGAGACCAAGAGGGAACACAUAGCUCAACUGAGGAGGAAGUUUGAAGAAGACAAGCAGAAAAUUGCUCUCUUACGGGCGCAGCGGAAGUUUCGGCCCUACUGAGUUGCAGAUCUACAGCUAUUCUGAAAAGAAAGCCACAGUAAGAAGUUCAUUGCUGGGAUAAUUUUGACUUUUUCUCCUUUCCCCUCUAAUAUCGCCUGGAGUGUGAUGGAUGCAGCAGACAGAUGAGGGUUUGGAAAUUAAAUCAUCUUGUUUGCUCUGACGCUGUAACAAUGACAGUUCAUAAGCUGCCUUCUUCCUCUGUGAGGAAUUCUAAGGCUGCUGUUCAAAUGAAGCAGACAUGUAAAUAUUUGUUUUUAUAUUUGUGAUAUACAUCAGGUUUCUUGUUCUCGUCAUCUUCACCAAUACACGACUUCUAUGUAGGUAUUUUUACUGAACAAUUUGUGUGCCACACAACCGUCAAAGAACAGCUGCUUUUCUAGCUUGUACAACCCCAUAAGAACCUUGGAAAAGCAGACCUGUCAGAGGCUUAUUUUGUGAAGCCAAAAAGAACAUCUCAGUAAAAUUUCUCCUCCUCUAUUAGUCCCCUCAACCUGUAUCACCAAACAAUAAAUUCUUUUGCGAGAUCGAAA